CACCCCGACGGAUCCCGAGCCCGGGGCCUGAGGCUGGAGCUGCCGAGCGAUCGCCUCCUCAAGUUCCUCACCGUGGGGCUGCCCCUCUGCCUCGCUUCCCUGGACUUCGCCCAGGAGUUCUCCACCGGUUCUCGCAUCAGCUGCUUCUCUCCCACCAACUUCACCGGGAAGCAGGCGGCCUACGUGGACGCGGCGUGUUGGGACACCCUGACCCACCACGGGCUGGACGCCGAGGGCCGUCCCGUCACCACCUCCCUCUGGGCUCUCAAGGUGUUCCCCUACUCGCUGGUGGUGGUGGCGGGGCUGAUGUACCUGCCCUGCCUGCUCUGGAGACACGGCGCCGUCCCCGCCCUCCGUGCCGACCUCCUCUUCAUCAUCAGCGAGCUGGACAAGUCCUACAACCGCUCCAUCCGCCUGGUGCAGCACAUGAGGAAGGUCCACCAGGACAGCGCCGAGCCAGAGAGGUUCUGGGAGGAGUACCAGAGGGCUCGCCGGGAGAGGUAUUUCGAGUUCCCGCUGCUGGAGCGUUACCUGGCCUGCAAGCAGCGUGCCCACUCCCUGGUGGUCAUCUACAUCCUGAGGAACCUGCUCCUGCUCUGCUUCUUGGCCGCCACCUGCCUUUACCUGGUCUUCCUCCACCUCAACGUCUUCUUCCAGGAUGAAUUCAGCUGCUCCAUCAAAACGGGCCUGCUCCAAGAGGAACCCCACAUCCCCCCUCUCAUCCCUUGCAAGCUGGUGCUCUUCUCCAUCUUCCAGCUCAUCAGCGCUUCGGUCGGCGGCGUCUACGUCCUCCUGGUCCCCGUGGUCAUCUACAACGCCCUGCAGCUCUGCCAGUGGGACAAGGGGCUGCUCUCCAUCUACGAGAUGCUCCCGGCCUUCGACCUCCUCCGCAGGAAGAUGCUCCCCUGCCCCGUCAACGACCUCAACGUCAUCCUCCUCUUCCUGCGGGCCAACAUCUCCAAGCUCACCUCCUUCGGUCCCCUCAACGCCGUGGGAGCUCUGAGGGAAGCCACCCACGGCGAGCGGGACAUCGACACCGUCGUCGACUUCAUGACCCUCUUGGCCGGCUUGGAGACCACCAAACCCAAAGCCUUCGAAGAGCCCCUCGCCAACGGCGCCUCUCCAGACAUGAAGCCUGGAGUGGAAGAGCUGGGAGAAGCUUCCCGGGACCACGUCGUGUCCAUGCCACCCAAACUUCCCUGCGGGGACUGCAGGAAACGGGGAGCAGAGGACUAA